GCUGCGCAUUGAGCAUUUUUUUUAAAACACACUUGUCAAACAAAUUGUUUAGAAGUGCGGCUCUGCCGAAUUUCCUAAGAUUUCGCGUAAUUUACCUAUAAUUCCACGUAUCAAAGUAGUGUGAAAUAUGGCUUCCCUAGCAGCAGCGCAAGUGCAAGAAGUGCGCUCCAUAACGCGCAUAGAGCGUAUAGGGGCACACUCUCAUAUUCGAGGCUUAGGGCUCGAUGAUUCCUUGGAGCCCCGUGCCGUGUCUCAGGGCAUGGUGGGACAGAAGACAGCCAGGAAGGCUGCUGGCGUCGUUUUGCAGAUGAUUCGAGAAGGUAAAAUAGCUGGCAGAGCUGUGCUGCUGGCCGGCCAGCCUGGCACUGGCAAGACAGCCAUCGCCAUGGGCCUGGCACAGGCACUGGGGCCCGAUACACCCUUCACCAGCAUGGCAGGAUCUGAGAUCUAUUCUCUGGAAAUGAGCAAGACUGAAGCCCUGACUCAAGCCAUCAGGAAGUCUAUCGGCAUCAGAAUUAAGGAGGAGUCCGAAAUCAUCGAAGGCGAAGUAGUAGAAGUGGUCGUGGACCGGGCGGCGGGGGGCUCCGCCCGCGUCGGCCGCCUCACGCUCAAGACUACCGACAUGGAAACCAACUACGAUAUGGGGGCCAAGAUGAUCGACUCCAUGCUUAAAGAAAAGGUGCAAGCCGGAGACGUGAUAACCAUAGACAAGGCGACAGGCAAGAUCAACAAACUGGGACGCAGCUUUGCUCGCGCCAGGGACUACGAUGCCACAGGCCAGCAAGCGCGAUUCGUGCAGUGCCCAGAAGGCGAGCUUCAAAAACGUAAAGAAGUCGUCCAUACGGUGACUUUACACGAGGUGGACGUGAUCAACUCUCGCACUCAUGGGUUCCUCGCACUGUUCUCCGGUGACACCGGUGAGAUCAAGUCUGAGAUCCGAGAGCAGAUUAACAGCAAAGUGGCGGAAUGGCGCGAGGAAGGGAAGGCUGAGAUGAUCCCCGGAGUACUCUUCAUUGACGAGGCCCACAUGCUGGAUAUUGAAUGCUUCUCAUUCCUGAAUCGAGCCCUGGAAUCGGAAACGGCCCCCGUGGUCAUCAUGGCAACCAACCGGGGCAUCACUCGCAUCCGGGGCACCACUUACAAGAGCCCCCAUGGAAUACCACUGGAUCUGCUGGACAGAGCCAUUAUUGUACCUACUCAGCCCUACGAUCACAAGGAUUUGAAGGAGAUACUUAAUAUCAGAUGCGAAGAAGAAGAUUGUCAAAUGUCAAGCGAUGCGUUGACAGUGUUAGCCCGUCUAGCCACCGAGACUUCGCUCCGGUACGCCAUACAGCUCAUCACCACGGCUUCGCUGGUCGCUAAAAGGAGGAAGGCGACUGAGGUCAGCAUGGAAGACGUGAUGAAGGUGUACUCUCUGUUCUUGGACGAGCAUCGCUCGGAACAGUUCCUCAAGGAAUACCAGGAUGAGUUCAUGUUCGAUGACGGAUCAGGCGAUGGUCCGCAGCAAGCAAUGGAGGUAUCCCAGUAAAAUGGAAAUGAGACCAAAUAUUUUAAUGAAGCAGUAUACAUACAGAUUGUUAAGUUGUCUCUAAUAAUCUGCAGGGUGUAUAUAGGUCGUUGUACCACUUUUACUGUAGAAUUAAACCUAAUUCCCAAAAAAAACACUAUCAUGUCAAGGUAGGCCAACUGGGGAAGUACCUCCGGCUUUCAGAAGACCAUAGCCAGACCCUACUCAUAGUGUUGUGUUCCUGCUGGCACGCCUCGGACACUCCCGCUCCCCGCUGAAAGUGCCGCCCACCCCUCUCGGUUACCUCACAGUUACCGCCUGUCACCGCGACCAGUCGACCUGUCAUAUCUCGCUCAUACAAGCAUGGUACGCGUUCACCUACACGAGCUUAGACUGUGUGCUAGGAACGCGCCUCUUUCAUAUAUUUGAUCGCCAGUGUCCGGGAUGUGGUAUUGACCUAUAUUCAAUCUAUAUACAUUAUUAGAGGUAACUAUUUAACCCUUUUACAGGCCACGCCAGUCUAGAAAGUUUUAUACCAAAUAGUAAUGUUUUGGCGAUAUAUUUUAAGGAGAUUGCAAUCUAAUUUGUACCAUGAAGUGCAGUGAUUAGAGUGUAUAUCGCGUAUGUGGUAUAUAAAACGUACUGUGCCUGGAAAAGGGUU